AGCCGUCUCGUGCUCGGAGCUUGUCGGCCACGUUCUAAUGAUAGCCAGAGUUCUGUGCCUCCAUGUGCUGGUCGGCGUGCACCAGGCCGCCGCAGCUUCGGAGACCUGUGUGAACUCUGGGCCGCUGAUGCUGCAGAUGGGGACGGCAUCGAAGCUGAAGACGGUCAGCGCAGCGGGCAAGGAGGAGAUGCUUGACGCAAUGGAGCUCGUCCACUUGGUGAACGAGUACCGUUCCCAGCAGGGGCUGCAAACGAUUGAGAUUUCUCCUGCGAUGAUGGCUAUCGCCUUCGCCCACGUGAAGGACCUGAGCGAGAACAGCCGGGAGAGCGGGUGCAACAUGCACAGCUGGUCGGACACGCAGCCGAGCUGGUGGAGCGGGUGUUGUUAUACCCCAGACCAUGCCGAAGCGGACUGCAUGUGGCGGAAGGGCAAAGAGAUCACCUCUUGCUGGGGGGACCACCGCUACACGGGGAACAUCGUGGAGAAUGCCUACAAAGGCCCCGCGGACCCUGAGCGCGCCUUCAACGCCUGGAAGGCGAGUAACGCCCACCGCGCGGUGAUGAUGAACGAGGCCCCGUGGGAUCGCAACAGCCCCUGGCCGGCCAUGGGCGCGGCGUUGAGCAGCACCGGCUACGCCGUGCUGAUCUUCGGAAACCGCCAGGACAGUGCCGGACCCUUCGGCCUGGAUCAGAGCUACCUGCACUGCGGCAGCGAGGAUUACCGGCCGCCGUUUAGCGCCACGACCACCACACAAGCAAGCACGACGACAGCGACGACGACAGCGACGACGACGACGACGACGACGACGACGACGACGACGACGACGACGACGACGACGACGACGACGACACUUGCCUCGGAGUUCCGGGCUGCAGAUGGCGGGAAGGACCGUGCCUGCCGAAACUAUGCUGGGCUGAACUUGGCAAGCUUCUACGAGGUCCGUGUGGCCAGCUCCAUGGCACAGUGCCAGCAGCUCUGCGCCACCGCGCCCAGCUGCCGUGGCCUGGAGUUCUCCCCGGGCCGCUGCGAGCUGUGGACCACCCCAGUGGGCGCCACCCAGGCGGUGGCCGGCUUCACCUGCCUGCGCUACAAUCUGCCGACCCUUUCGCCCGUGGACGGCGGAGAGGGCCGCGCCUGCCGGGGAGCGCACGAGAACGACAACCUGCAGAGCUACUACAGGCUCUUCAAGGGCCUGACGUCUUUGGACGCCUGUGUGGCCAUGUGCGGCGCCGAAGCGGGCUGCAAGGGCGUGGAGUAUUCCUUUGGCCGGUGCGAGGUUUGGCUGCGCCCGGAAGGCAUCCAAGCCAGCAAGCCGCUGGACGGCUUCACCUGUUUGCAGCUGCCUUGAGACUAUCCCAAGUGGAGCCUGGCGAAACCAGCGAUUGCCCUUGAAUCCAGUGAGUCAGUGAGACUCACAAAACGGGUUUGCUGCCUUGAGACUAUCCCCAGUGGCUUGGAGCCUGGCAAGACCAGUGAGUCAGCGAGACUCAAAAAGCAGGUUUUUCAACUGGGGUGAGUGUCCUUUCGGAAAGUCUCUUUUGCCUCUUCGGAGGGUGCCGAGCCGAGCUGUACGCUUCCAUGCACCAAUUCAUUGUCUUCCCCACAACGGGGAAUGAGCGAGAAUAACGGAGGAUCCUGACAUCCCAAAGAUUUCAGUGUGGAUCAUGUCUGGUCUAAGGCUUAGGGCGAACUUGAAAUGCCCGCGCCUUCUGCUGGGAUGAACCCGCCGUUGGCUGGUUAUCCCAAAAGCCCGGUUCCCAACGCAUGCCUGAAGACCAGCCGUGAUCCGCUGUCUAGUGGAUUUCUGAGUAGGACUUAACGAGAUGCAUGCAUGCCACCGUUUGCGGGCACGCCCGUGGUCGCUUGCCGGCAUGCGUGCCACCUUAAGAUGCUUGCAUGCCUUACGCCUUACAGAGUGCGCCUUCCGCCGGCGUUCAAAGAGUUGACCUGCUGAAA